ACUUCGCAAUCACGGAAGCGCGCACGCUAGCAGCGCAUUUUAGCUAGAAAGCUCAGGGUUCCGGCUUUGAGCGCCAAGCUUCAUCUUCUUCACCGAAGAAUCCCUCCGGUUCGUACGUGUACGGUUCCUCUGCAGUUCUCCGAGGGUGAUGGAGAAAAUGCAGUAUGCUGAGGAACUUGUGAGGGAGUUUCUUGUCUUUAGAGGGUUUACAAAUACACUGCAAGCUUUUGAGGGAGAGUUAUGCACUGAUAUUGGUAAAGGUUUUCAAGUGGAUAAGAUAUUAGAUUUAAUUUUCUCAGUGUACAUUCCCAAGUUUCAGGCAGAAAAAUUAGUUUGUCUGCUGAGCUUUUUUAAGCAGUGCUUUUCUUCAUCAUCUGAGACUGUACUUAUUGCUACACUAUCGAAAUUAGAGGUGUCUAUUCUACGCUACUAUAUUGUCCAUGCCAUACAAUCAGGAAGAACAGAAAGGGUUAUAGAGUUUUUUGGAAUGAAUGGCAAUGACCUGCUGCAAAGAGGACAGGACUGGACUCCAUGGUUUGCUGUUCCAUAUCUAAAGAACCCAAGCUUGGAUCCCCAGUUUCGGAUUUAUUUCUCAAGGGAGUGGUUGGAAGCUUUGCGCCUCUCAGUCAGGAAUUUCUUAAGUGAAAUAUUUAAUGGUACUCGCAUCCCUGCUCUGUUGAAGAUUUGUUCUGAAAAGAAUACAGUGAACCGUCUCAAAAAAGACAUCAAGCAACUUAAUCUUAAGUUGUCUCAACUUCAGGCAUUAUUGGAGGAAAAAGAGGCUCAGCUAUUCCAGUCAAGGAGUUAUGCUCCAUCUACAAUAGAAGAAAGCAUGGGUGGAACGAACAGCUCAACAUAUUCUGCACCUGGGACUCUUCUUAGUGGCUUGCAUCAGGGAAGUAUUCUUCCCUCAAGAUUUCCUCAUGAAACUUGUGCUGCUACAAAUCAACAUCUGGGUGAAAGAGAGUUGGCUCAGGAAUUGGAUGACACAGGGGUGGCCAAGAUUUUAUCAGAGAUGAGUCCAUCCAACUCUGAUCGUGGUUCAAGUUCAUUAGUGCAUCUUCAUCUUGGAGAUGCUGGAGCAACUAAUAUGCUUGAGAUGUCCCAAGAUGACUUUUGUACUGGUAGGUAAUUUCUCUUUCAUGAAUAAAUGAUAAAGAAGUAGUCAGUCUGAUCAUUAUCCCCUUAACCCAUUAAAGGGGGAAUAUUCUACAAAA